AUGAGGCGUUCACUUCCGUACCAUCUUACUACGUUGUUCCUAUUCACGAGGAGCGACUUCAAGACCGUCAUACUUCCCCAAAGUGUUUUUGCUCUAUCGUUGGUCGUUUCGAGGUCAAACUCGCCCCUGCUGUAUGGAUUUAGCCUUGGGGAUAUUGCUUACCGGAUGCCAUACAUGUUGGUCUGGUUAUGGUUGCAUCUGCUCGUGGAAGACAUAUCAAAUCAGAGCCUAAGCAGCUCAAUCGUGGAAGAUACCAUCAACAGACCAUGGCGUCCCCUACCGGCGCGACGUCUCACUGUGACGGAGGCUAGAAAUAUCACCCGAGUUGCGGUUGUGGCAGCACUGGCACUUAGCAUCUUCCUCAAGAGCUUUCUUCCAAGUACUACGCUCAUGACAUUAAUUUGGCUGUAUAAUGAUCUAGACGGUAAUAGUACUGGGCCGUUGAUGAGAAACGUGCUUAACGGGGCUGGUCUGGCUUGCUUUGGGUGGGGGGCAGUCUGUGUCCUUUUAGAGGGUGCCACUGACGACGGCAAUGUGCUAAGAGACUGGUUGAUACUGGUCGCGGCUAUGAUCUCGACCACCGUUCACGUUCAGGAUCUUGCUGAUAAGGAUGGGGACAAGGCUCGGAAGCGACAAACUGCAGCCUUAAUUUAUGGUGAAGGCUGGACGCGUUGGAGCGUGGCUAUUGUCGCUAUUUUCUGGUCGGUGGUCUGUCCGGCGUUCUGGGGCGUGUCUCUUCCUUAUGCGACAGCUCCCCUUGGAAUUUCAUCAAUCAUGAGUGCCGUGCUCUUGCUUGGGAAAAGCCAAUUCUCCAAUGAGCUUGGGUUGCGACUAUGGUGUUUAUGGGUAACUGUCGUGUUCAUCUCACCACUGUUGGGUGGUGAAAGUGUGUAA